AGCGAAUCAGGAAACAAACUCUCCCAAUUCUCAAUUCUUCUCUCUCUCUCUCUCUCUCUCUUUUCUAUUCCAAUUCAAUUCAUCUCUAUGCCAUGAAGAGAUCUUUUCACCGUCAAAAUUCCCACUACCACCCGCCCAAUUACAACUACCACUACCGUCCCAAAUUGCCACCCAAUCCCGUCCCUCCCCAACGACCACCUCCGCCCACCACCACUCCCAACUUUGUUAUUCACCUUCCUUUCCCUUCCUCCGCUUGUUCCAAACCCCACCUCCAAAACAUUGUUUCCAAGCUCAAUUUAUGUCACCAGAAAGCGGUUCCUUCCCCCACCGGCUGCUCUUUCUUCUUCGGGCAGUGGGUGGACACCCUUAACGCCAUGGUCAGUCUCUGGGAGUCCCGCCUCAAUGGGGUCCACAACUUGACUCCCAAACUCGUUGCAAACGUCUUCGUUCCGUCUGAUAAGGACGAGCUGGUGGAAAGGUUGAAGCUUUUGUUCACUGAUCAUAUCAGGCGUUUGAUGGAAGGGGAGACGGUGAAGAAGUGGCAGAGGAAGAAGGAUGAGAAAUCAGAUGAAAUUGCCGCGGUUUCGGCGAAGAUGAGUGGUAAAAAUCGGCUGAGUUUGAGUUUGUUUAAUGAGUUGAAUGAGGAGAAGAAAGUUCUGUUGCAAGAGAGGGACUUGAUUGUGAGGCGAGUGAGGGAGUUUAAGAGUGCUAUGAGGUGUCUUUUGAAGUGUAUAGGGUGUCAAAGUGUGGAGGAUGAGUGUGCAGAAGCGGGCUUGGGUUUUGAGUUGUUUAGGCUUGAGGAUGAGCGAUUUGAUUGGGGAAAGAUGCAAGCUUUAAUUUUUAGGGAGUGUAAAAGGCUUGAAGCUGGGCUGCCUAUUUAUGUUCACAGGCAGGAGAUUUUAAAGAGAAUUUAUGAUGACCAGGUGAUGGUAUUGAUUGGAGAGACUGGUUCUGGAAAGAGUACACAGCUGGUUCAGUUUCUUGCUGAUUCAGGAGUAGGUGCUGAUCAGUCCAUUGUUUGUACUCAGCCUCGGAAGAUUGCUGCUGUUUCAUUGGCACAUAGGGUCAGAGAAGAAAGUAGUGGGUGCUAUGGGGAUGAUUCAGUCAUAUGUUAUCCCACUUUUUCAUCAGCUCAGCAAUUUGAUUCAAAGGUAAUAUAUAUGACAGACCAUUGUUUACUGCAGCACUAUAUGAAUGAUAGAAAUUUAUCUGGGAUUUCGUGCAUCAUUGUUGAUGAGGCUCAUGAAAGGAGCUUGAACACUGAUCUCCUUUUGGCAUUAAUUAAAGAUUUACUUGGCCGGAGGUUUGAUCUAAGGCUUGUGAUAAUGUCUGCAACAGCAGAUGCAAACCAGCUUUCGGAUUACUUCUUUAAUUGUGCAAUCUCUCAUGUGAUGGGAAGAAAUUUUCCAGUGGAUGUCAGAUACGUCCCUUGUACUACAGAGGGAACUUCUGUUUCUGGUAUUGUCGCAUCAUAUGUUUCUGAUGUUUUGAGGAUGGCUACAGAGGUGCAUAGAACCGAGAAAGAAGGAACAAUUCUUGCUUUCCUUACUUCUAAAAUGGAAGUAGAAUAUGCUUGUGAGAAGUUUAAUUCUCCCUCGGCUGUUGGGUUACCGUUGCAUGGAAAGCUUUCUUUUGAAGAGCAGAUUCGUGUUUUCCAGAACUACCCUGGGAAAAGAAAAGUUAUAUUUGCCACAAAUGUUGCCGAAACAUCACUAACAAUUCCUGGGGUCAAGUAUGUGAUUGAUUCUGGUGUGGUCAAAGAGAGUCGUUUUGAACCUGGCACUGGCAUGAAUGUUCUUGAAGUUUGCGGGAUCAGCCAGAGUUCGGCUAAUCAACGAGCUGGUCGUGCUGGGAGAACAGAACCUGGAAGAUGUUACCGACUAUAUAGCAAGUGGACUUUCGAUUUGAUGCCCCCCAAUCAGGAGCCUGAGAUCCGCAGAGUUCAUCUUGGUGUUGCUGUUCUGAGGAUACUCGCAUUGGGAAUGAAGAAUGUACAGAGUUUUGAUUUUGUGGAUGCACCCAGUGCCAAAGCCAUUGAAAUGGCAAUUAGGAAUCUUCUUCAAUUGGGAGCUAUUAAGCUGAACAAUAAUGUCUACGAAUUAACGACUGAUGGUCGAUCCAUGGUUAAAUUGGGCAUUGAGCCUCGACUUGGUAAAUUGGUUAUCAGUUGCUUUAAUAAUCGCUUGGGCCGGGAGGGUGUUGUUCUUGCUGCUGUAAUGGCAAAUGCCAGUAGCAUAUUUUGCAGAGUUGGUAGUGCUGGUGAUAAGCUAAAAGCUGAUUGCCUUAAGGUGCAAUUUUGUCAUCAAAACGGUGACCUCUUUACUCUGCUCUCUGUAUACAAGGAAUGGGAGUCUCUCCCCAAAGAGGAGAGAAAUAAAUGGUGCUGGGAAAACAGCAUUAAUGCCAAAUCCAUGCGGAGAUGUCAGGAAACAAUCAAGGAGUUGGAGAUUUGCCUAAGAAAGGAACUUAAUUAUAUCAUUCCGAGUUACUGGCUCUGGGAUCCUCAAAAAUAUACUGAGCAUGAUAAGCUGUUGAAGGAGAUUAUACUCUCUGCCCUCUCUGAAAAUGUGGCUAUGUACUCUGGGUAUGAUCAACUCGGUUAUGAAGUGGCGUUGACUGGACAACAUGUUCAGAUUCAUCCGUCAAGUUCAUUAUUAAUAUUUGGUCAGAAGCCAAAUUGGGUUGUUUUUAGUGAACUACUAUCAGCAACUAAUCAAUAUUUGGUUUGUGUUACUGCCUUUGAUAUUGAGAGUUUGUCUACCCUUUGUUCUGCUCCUUUGGUUGAUGUGUCUAAGAUGGAAAAGCAGAAGUUGCAAGUCAGAGUGAUGACUGGUUUUGGCAGUAUCCUCCUUAAAAAGUUUUGUGGGAAGUCUAACAGUAGUGUCCAUUCCCUUGUAUCAUGUGUUCGGACUGCCUAUAUGGAUAAAAGAAUUGGUAUUGAAGUCAACGUUGACCAGAAUCAGAUUCUUGUAUUUGCCUCUUCACAGGACAUGGAUAAGGUUGUUGGCCAUGUAAAUAAUGUGUUAGAGUAUGAAAAAAGAUGGUUGCAUAAUGAGUGUGUAGAGAAGUGCUUAUAUCAUGGAGCUGGUGUCUCACCAUCUAUGGCGCUGUUUGGAGCUGGUGCUGAAAUCAAGCAUUUAGAACUUGAAAAGAGAUUUUUAACUGUUGAUGUAUUUCAUUCAAAUGCAAAUAUCCUGGAUGAUAAGGAGCUUUUGAUGUUUCUUGAGAAAAAUUCCUCUGGUAGUAUUUGUGCUGUCCACAAGUUUGCAGGCACUGGACAAGAGAGCGAUGACAAUGAAAAGUGGGGCAGGGUAAUGUUUCUUACCCCUGAUGCUGCUAGAAAAGCUGCAGAGCUGAAUGAAGUUGAAUUUGGUGGUUCUCUGCUGAAGGUACUACCGUCACGGACAACCUUUGGAGUUGAUAAAACUUAUUCAUUCCCUGCGGUCAGGGCGAGAGUUUCCUGGCCUCGUAGGCACAGUAAGGGGGUUGCAAUUGCUAAAUGUAACUUUCAUGACGUUGAAUUAUUGAUUAAUGAUCUUGCUAAUCUGACGAUUGGAGGAAGGUUUAUUAGAUGUGAAGUUAGCAGAAAGUGUAUGGAUUCUGUUGUGAUAAGUGGAUUUGAUAAAGAACUUUCUGAAGAUGAAGUUUUAGAUGAAUUGAGGAAAGUUACUGAGAGGAGAUUUCUUGAUUUUUUCCUGGUGAGAGGAGCUUCUGUCGAAUGUCCACCAUGUGAUGCUUUCGAAGAAGCACUAUUAAGAGAGAUAUCUCACUUUAUGCCUAAAAGAAAUCCCCAGAGUAACUGUGUCCGAGUCCAGGUUUUUGAGCCCGAAUCAAAGGAUGCUUUCAUCAGAGCUCUUAUCACUUUCGAUGGAAGAUUACAUUUGGAGGCAGCAAGAGCUUUGGAGCAACUGGAAGGGAAAACAUUGCCUGGAUGUCUUACAUGGCAGAAAAUAAAGUGCCAGCAGUUGUUUCAUACCUCCUUAUCCUGCCCAGUGUCGGUCUAUUCUGUAAUUAAGGAGCAACUGCAUUCUCUGAUUUCAGCCCCCAAAAAAGGCGCAGAAUGCCGGUUAGAUAGAAAUGAUAAUGGUUCCUAUCGGGUGAGAAUAUCUGCCAAUGCGACUAAAACUGUAGCAGAUAUGAGACGACCUAUAGAAGAGCUUAUGAGAGGGAAGACCAUAAAUCAUGCAGAUCUUACUCCAUCUAUUUUACAGCAUCUGUUCUCAAGAGAGGGCAUCAAUCUGAAGAAGUCACUUCAGCAAGAGACAAAAACUUACAUUAUCUUUGACAGACAUAACCUUAAUGUAAGGAUCUUUGGCUCUUCAGAUAAUAUUGCUAUUGCCGAGCAAAAAUUGAUUCGAUCCCUUUUGGCUUUCCAUGAAAGCAAGCAACUAGAAAUUCAUCUCCGAGGUGGAGUUCUUCCUCCUGACCUAAUGAAAAGAGUUGUUAAGAAGUUUGGGCCAGACCUUCACGGGCUCAAAGAGAUGGUUCCUGAGGCCGAGUUUACACUCAACAGCCGCCGCCAGGUCAUUUCCAUGCAGGGAGACAAAGAGUGGAAGCAGAAAGUGGAAGAGAUAGUUUAUGAGAUUGCCCAGAAGAGUGAUGGCACAGCUGAGAGAGUUGACAGUGAAUAUGCCUGCCCCAUUUGCUUAUGUGAAGUUGAGGAAAGUUACCGGCUUGAAGGUUGUGGACAUACAUUUUGUCGUUCAUGCCUGGUGGAGCAGUGUGACUCGGCAAUGAAAAACUUGGAUAGUUUUCCAAUAUGCUGUGCUCGUGGGGGUUGUACGACUCCUAUUCUACUUGCGGAUUUGAGGUGUCUCUUGGCUGGUGAGAAGUUGGAGGAACUUUUUAGAGCUUCACUAGGCGCAUAUGUGGCAUCCAGUCGGGGUACCUACAGGUUUUGCCCAUCUCCUGAUUGCCCGUCGAUAUAUAGAGUUGCAGAUCCAGAAACAGGAGGGGAGCCAUUCUUCUGUGGAGCUUGUUUCGCGGAGACUUGCACCAAAUGUCACUUGGAGCACCAUCCAUUCCUAUCGUGUGAAAAGUAUAUAGAAUUUAAUGAAGAUCCAGAUGUAUCACUGAAGGAGUGGUGCCAAGGAAAAGAAAAUGUGAAGACUUGCCCAGUCUGUGGAUACACAAUUGAGAAGGUAGACGGGUGUAACCAUGUUGAGUGUAAGUGUGGGAAACACGUUUGCUGGGUUUGUUUAGAUUACUACAGUACUGCUGAGGACUGCUAUGGCCACAUGAGGGCUAUUCACAUGUCAAUAAUAUGAAAUUAAACUACCCUUUAUUAUGUAAUAUAUGUUUAUAUUUACUCAUCUAAUCAUUGUAAAUACCAAUUGCACACAUUUUAUAAGUAUAGCUGUGGUUACUUGUUCCUGUUCUCCUUUAUAUUAA